UAAAACUCUGCUACGCUUCAGCGUCUUUAUCGACGGCCGAGUGGUCAGCCAGGUAAAAAUGUAAUGUUAGAGUGCAUCUUAUUUCCGAUUUCCAACUCAGGCACAGAACAUUAAGUUAGGACUUAGGAGUUAAGAUUACUGAUUACUACUCCGUAUUAUUUUAAGUAGCUCCUUCACUUCUUCUUUAGUUAAUUGUUAGGGACUGCGGAAGAGUGGUUCGCAUUUUUGUUCUGUUUCUCAUUUCUAAAUAUAAUGUCAGUUUAUUUUGAAGAGUGUUCCUUGUUCCCACUUCCCAGAAUACUGUUAGGAGCUGGGAAAGCGUGAUUCUUUCUUUUCUGUUUCUAAAUAUAAUGUUAGUGUAAGUUGUUUGCAUAUUUAUAUUUUCCCCACAAUUCCCAAUUUCCCAUUGUUUAUAGGGAAAGUAACUUUAUAUGUUACCUACUAUCACUCAUAAAUCAAUAAUAAUGAACACUUUGGAAAUUAUUUCUAAUAAUACCAACUAUUUGAAUAUCUAACAAAAAUAAUACGGAGCCGUUUUUUUACUAGAAAUCCAGUCAGUUAAGACAUCAAAAAAUUGAUAUCAACCCAUCAAGAGCAUUUUUUGUUCCUUUUGGCUGUUGCAUCUUGGCACUGGGUUGGUGUUUCAAUUUUGAGUUUGUGACGUUCUGGCUGCUUAACAGCUUCACUUUGAUGCUCAUUUACCUUCUAGUAAUUGGUAAAUCGAGUUAACUACUUGAACCGUUUUUUUUAAGCAUGAUUUUUCAAUCAACUAGUUUCAUACUUUCAAUUCUUUAGCUCUCAAUAACAGCUGAAUGAGUUGAUGAUUUGAUGUAAUAAAAAUGAUAUGAUACAUUACUGAUGUAAAUAUGCUUAUGACUAAUAAUUUUGUAGCAAUGAAAUAUUGGAAGUAUGUAGAACUUUCCAUCCAUGGUUAGUUUAAUUUGCAAAUGUUGAAAAAUUAGUAUCUUAUUUGAUCUUAGCAUUUUAAUCUAAAUUUUAGUAUUGUAACGUUGUGCUUGUUUACUUAACUUCAAUGAUUUGGUCCCUUGAAUUUAUCUUGCAUUGGGCCAGGAGAAUGGUUUGUUCAUCAAUGAUCUGACUAUCCAAUUCUGAUUAGUGUUUGUUACUAGCAGAGAAUAUUUGGGUUGCGUAACUACUCAAGAUGACAAGUGAAGAAGUUGGACAAGAGCAAGACAAUUCGUUCCCCGAUGGCUUCAAUUCGAAUUAUCUUAAAGUUUAUUAUGGAAAGCUUUUUCCAUAUGUUGAUAUGUUUAAAUGGCUUUCUUAUGGAAAUGAUGGAAAGCAUCCUGGAUGUGACCAGUCAUACUUUGGACGUAGAGAAUUUUCAUUCACUUUAGAUAAUAACAUAUAUCUGCGGUUUCAAUCAUUCAACAAUGCUUAUGAUUUGGAAAAAUCCAUCAAGGAGAAGUGUCCGUUCAAAAUUGACAUUGGAGCUGUUUAUAAUGUGGAUCCAGCAAAAAGGCAUGCCUAUGCACAAGGCGAUAAUAGCUUCACGCCGAUUGAGAAGGAGCUGGUCUUCGAUAUAGAUAUAUCAGAUUAUGAUGACGUCAGGUAUUGCUGCAAAGAAGCUAAUACUUGCUCUAACUGCUGGACACUGAUGACAGUUGCUAUUAAAGUCAUUGAUACUUCUCUCAGAGAGGACUUUGGUUUCAAUCACAUCCUUUGGGUUUACAGUGGUCGGCGUGGUGUCCAUUGUUGGGUAUGUGAUGUAAAAGCUAGAAGGUUGAAUAAUGAACAAAGGGCUGCUGUAGCUGAUUACUUUCGUGUCUACAAGGGAAACGAGAAUAGCAAUCGAAAAGUUUCUCUCAUGGGUCCAACACUUCAUCCUUUCCUCGUGAGAUCAUACACAGAUGUCUUGAAGGAUUUUUUUGAGAAAAGACUGCUUGUAAGUCAAAAUUUGCUCUCAAGCCAGGAAAGAUGUGAGGAGAUGCUGAAAUUGAUUCCUGAUGAGCAUAUUGCAUCUGAACUCAGGUCAAGGUGGCAGGAAAAUAAACGUGUCAAAGAGGAUAUUAAUGUUUACAGAUGGGAACAACUAAAACACCUGCUACAAUCUGGUAAACACAAGGCCCAGGGGAUUCGCAGGUGUGUUGAAGAGAUUGUGUUUUCUUUUGCCUACCCCAGGCUUGAUAUGGAGGUUUCAAGAAAAUUGAAUCAUUUAUUGAAAGCACCAUUCUGCGUGCACCCCCAAACAGGCCGUGUCUGUAUUCCUAUUGACCCCAAUGAAUGUGAGGAAUUUGACCCUUCUGCUGUGCCAACUCUUUCACAACUUCUUGGAGAACUUAACAGGGGAGGCUCUAGAGCUGAGAUGAAUAAUGUUCCAGAAUGGGAUGGAACCUCACUCGGGAAAUCAGUCACAUAUUUCAGAAAUUCCUUCUUGCAACCCUUGCUAAAAUCCUGCAAGGAUGAUAUAGAAAGCCGGUACAGUGAGAAAGUUCAACACGGAAAGAACUUGCUAAGCUGGUAGUGCUAUUAUAUUCCUAUAUAUCUAUAAAUAUAAUAUCAGUCAUCUCUUGUUCUUCUUACAAGUGUCCUUUGUAAGGUAUAUAAAACAUGACAGCUAUGUAUGUACUCUAAUAUACGGAGUAUAUGGUUGGGAAGAUUGUAAUAUGCACUCCAAUCAUUGUUCAGACAUUAAAGAAGUUGGUAGUGUAUCUGUUUAACUGUGUGAUUGCUUGCUUCUUUCAUUAAUGAAGACAUCCACA